UCCUUCAGACAGAAAAAGGGUUUUAUCUUUUUUUUAAUUCACACUUUUCUCGCCACUCUCUUCCUCACCUCCAUCUCCGCGUUUUUUUCUGCCAAAAUUCUCUCUCCCUGCAAAUAAAACAUAAAUAAAUAAAAUCUCUUUCUCUCAUCUGAUUUCGUAAACCCUAGCAGAGUAACCCUCUCUCUCUUAAAAAAAAAAAACUCUCUGAAACGCCACAUGGGUGUUUGGCUUUUCACCAAUUUCUCACUCUUUCUUUCCCUACUACUAUGUCUAGCCAAUUCUCAGCAAAACGACGACGCAGCAGCCAUGAUGAAACUGAGAGGCAGCCUUGGCAACCCAUCUACUCUCGGCUGGUCUGGCUCUGACCCAUGUAACUGGCUCCACGUGGGUUGCUUAGAUAACCGGGUCACUCGGAUCCAAAUAGGCAAUCAGAAUUUACAAGGUACUCUCCCCCCAGAACUCAAAGACUUGACUCAGCUAACUCGGUUCGAGGUCAUGAACAACCAGUUAACGGGCGCAUUACCGAGUUUAUCAGGUUUAAGCUUUCUCCAAGUCCUCUUUUUACAUAACAACACUCUCUCUUCAAUUCCUCCUGAUUUUUUCGCCGGAAUGACGUCCUUAACCAGCGUCUAUUUGGAUUACAAUCCUUUUGAAUCAUGGGAGAUACCGGAGAGUCUCAAGGAUGCUAGUGCUUUGAAGGAAUUCUCGGCGAACGGUGCUAAUGUAGCUGGCAAAAUCCCUGAAUUUUUUAACAGCGAUGUGUUUCCUGGCAUGGAGACUUUGCAUUUAGCUUUUAAUUAUUUUGAGGGUGGAUUGCCCCUCAAUUUUUCGGGGUCUACUAUACAAUCUUUAUGGCUUAACGGCCAAAAGAGUAAUUCGAGGCUAAAUGGUACUAUUUCUAUCCUGCAAAACAUGACUUCAUUGAAAGAAAUUUGGCUCCAAGGAAAUCAUUUUACGGGUCCUUUGCCUGAUUUGUCUGGGAUGAUUUCAUUGGAAGAUUUGAAUUUAAGGGAUAAUAGCUUGACGGGUGUUGUUCCGCCAUCAUUGCUGAACAUUUCUACACUUCGUGUUGUCAAUUUCACUAAUAAUAAGCUCCAGGGACCGACGCCCAGUUUUGCUAGGACAGUUGAUGCGGAUAUGAUUCCCGGGACUAAUAAUUUUUGUUUGGAUAAUCCUGGUGUUGCUUGUAAUGCUACUGUUAAUGUUUUGUUGUCGGUUGCAAAAAACUUUGGAUACCCUGCUAGUCUUGCUGACCUUUGGAAAGGAAAUGAUCCUUGCACAUCCACCCAAGCCUGGAAAGGAAUUACUUGUGGUGGAGGGGAUAUUUUGGUGAUUAACUUGAAGAAAGCAGGACUUAGCGGUACCAUUUCUUCAGACUUUUCUUUGAUUUCGAGACUACAGAAAUUGAUUCUUUCUGAUAACAUGCUUACUGGUACGAUACCCGAUGAGCUUAUAAGUUUGUCUAAUCUUGCUUUAUUAGAUGUCUCGAAUAAUAAACUCUCUGGUCAAAUACCCAAGUUUAGAAGUAAUGUGCAAGUGGAAUAUGGUGGAAAUCCUGAUAUUGGAAAGAUUAACACUAGCUAUGCUCCCCCUGGUGCUCCUGGAAGUACACCUUCUGGUACAGGUGGUGGUUCGGAUGGUAGUGGAAACAAGAACUCAGCUAGUGGAAAGAUUGUGGGUUCUGUGAUUGGUGCUGUUGGUGUUGUAUGUGUGGUUGGGUUAGGUGUAUUCUUUUAUAGUAAGAAACAAAAGCGAUCUAGUAAGGUUCAGAGUCCAAAUAUGAUGAUUAUUCACCCGCGCCGCUCAUGGGAUCAGGAUGAGGUGAAAAUCACUGUUGCUGGAUCAAGUGCAAAUAGUGGAGUUGAGAGCUUUACUGAUAGUGUUGGACCCAGUGACAUUCAAGUGGUCAGGACUGAGAAUAUGGUGAUCUCAAUUCAAGUUUUAAGAAAUGUUACGAAUAAUUUUAGUGAAGAAAAUAUAUUGGGAAGAGGUGGAUUUGGGACUGUAUACAAGGGGGAGUUGCAUGAUGGAACAAAAAUUGCAGUAAAGAGGAUGGAGUCGGGAGUGAUUAGCGAGAAGGGUCUAGCAGAGUUCAUGUCUGAGAUUGCAGUGCUUACCAAGGUUCGACACCGCCAUCUAGUCGCCCUUCUAGGAUAUUGCUUGGAUGGAAAUGAGAGGCUUCUUGUUUAUGAAUAUAUGCCUCGGGGGACUCUUAGCAGUCAUCUUUUUAGUUGGAAGGAGGAGGGUGUCAAACCGCUCGACUGGACUAGAAGAUUAACUAUUGGCUUGGAUGUUGCUAGAGGCGUUGAAUACCUACAUGGGCUGGCACAUCAAAGUUUUAUUCACAGGGAUCUCAAGCCUUCCAAUAUUCUUCUAGGAGAUGAUAUGCGGGCCAAAGUGGCUGAUUUUGGAUUGGUUCGUCUUGCUCCAGAAGGGAAAGCUUCAAUUGAAACGAGACUAGCUGGAACUUUUGGAUAUCUUGCUCCUGAAUAUGCAGUGACUGGUCGAGUGACUACCAAGGUUGAUGUGUUCAGCUUUGGAGUCAUAUUAAUGGAGAUGAUCACAGGAAGGAAGGCACUGGAUGAGACCCAGCCUGAGGACAGCUUGCAUCUUGUUACUUGGUUCCGUAGGAUGCACAUCAACAAAGACACGUUCCGUAAAACCAUUGACCCAACCAUUAAUCUUGAUGAGGAAACCCUUGGUAGCAUUAGCACAGUUGCCGAUCUAGCAGGCCACUGCACUGCAAGGGAGCCCUACCAAAGGCCAGACAUGGGUCACGUGGUUAAUGUUCUGUCAUCUCUUGUUGAGAUUUGGAAACCAGCAGAACCAGAUUCUGAUGAAAUGUAUGGGAUUGAUUUUGAGAUGCCCUUGCCCGAAGUGCUCCUGAAGUGGCAGGCAUUUGAUGGAAGCAGCUCUUCAUUUCUUGCCAGUGGGGAUAAUACCCAGACUAGCAUACCUACUCGGCCAUCUGGCUUUGCGGAGUCGUUUACAUCAGCAGAUGGACGGUAGAGAAGGAAGGUAAAGGAAGUCAUGUGUCUAGCGAUAUCAGUCUGUAAACAGGCGGUUGUGGUAGGAGUGGCUCUCUCUGAAUGCUUAGCUUGUGAUUCUUACCACCCCCACCCUUUGGCUUGGUAGUUUAUAUUUUUCUGGUGCUUUUGAGUGUAGGAAAUGCAGAUAGACAGAUAUUUGAAGAGUGGAUUAGCUUUCAUUUGUCCGUCGUUUUGUUUUCUUCGUCUCUUGUUUCAUUGGGAUCUGACACAAAUGAUAAUCAAUCCCUUUUGUUCAAUGUGUUUCCCAGCAGCUCUUUUUUUUUUUUUUGUAACCAACAGUUAUGAUCCCGUUCUGUAGAGGAAAUGGCGGGAAUUCUAUUUAUUGGGAUGUCAUCAUCGCCUAAAUCAUGAGUUGCUGCUUUAUUUCA